AACAUUAAUCACUCACAGCAUCACUGGUCCACGCACAAGAGCAUAUAACAGGGAUGCUCAAGCAGUACACUGUCCAAGGGAAGGCAAGCAAAGAGGGGGAAAAAGACAUUAUUUUUUUUCUCCUGUAUAGUCUUUGAAAAGCAAGGCAACAGCAUCUUUAGACAAGAUGUGCUCUUGCAUGAAUUUAAGUGGAAGAGACAAAGAAACCAUGCCACCAGCAGCAUCGGAGAAAAAAACUGAAAUCACCAAGCAAUGAGAAUUCAGUCCAGGGAAUCUGAGGGGAAGAAAAAGCAAACUGGCAAACAGAGAUCAGUCAGGAAAUAAUUCAAGUGGAAAGGGAUACAGAAAACUUGGUGUCUAAAUCAUUUUCACAGCAGCAUCACCACAUGAAAAUUCUGUUCUGAAAUUUCCAUCAGGAAGUGACGAGCACUACGAUUAAGAUCCACACAACAUCCUCAGUGCCGCGGCUUCUCAGUUACCUCUAAAGAACGUCUUCCCUUUCCGCAGGGAGAUCAGCAUCGAGAGGGGAAAAAAUCACGCGAGCAACAUCCUGAUGGGAAUAACCAUCCAAAACAUCACAGGAAACACGGCAAUGGUAAUUUGGCCAAAAAUGGCCAGCUGUGUUGACAGCUUUUACAGCAUCAUGUACCACCCUAACUGGAACAACAUGAUAUCCAGCUACUCGAGAAAAAGCUUUCAGAAGGAAGAGAGGGUGCCCACCAGUCGCUCCUCCUUUGUUGUUGAAAACCUAACUCCGCUAACCACGUACAUCAUGUGCGUGACCUGCCAGUCCGCAAACCCCUCCAGCGACCAGUGCAGAGUGUUUAACACACUGGAACAAGACCAGGCAUCUGCGAGCAACACCAAGAAAGAGCUGGCACUGGGCAUCUGGCUCACCAGCAGCGUCCUGCUCCUCAUCAUUGCUGCAGUCCUCCUCUAUGGCUGCCUGCACCUCCUGUGCCGCAGGAGACACGAGCGCUUGCAAGAACGAAACAGGACCUCUAAACAAGACCAUGGGGAGGCACGGACCAAAAGCAAGGCUCAUACCUCGGAGGAGUUUAGCAGACAGAGACAACAGAUGCAGGACACUGAGGAAAAGCAUCCAGGUGGCAUCCAGUUGGCCACAAUCAUAGAGAAUCCCUCAGCGUGCAGUGAGCCUGUCAUGUCGGCUUCCAGAAGUCGGGAACGAGUCCCAGUAACGGGACAGUGCUCUGCUAUAAAUUAGAAACCCUUUGGCAGGGAGAUUUUUACUACAUACGGUAUCCCCACUGCUUCCAACACAUCACAUGCAUUGCCAGCGCUCACAACAGGGAGCUCUGACUGCUCACCCCAGUGCUCUCAGCUGUACCUCCGGUGUCACAUCCCUUUCCAAAAACCUACAUGCAUCCAGAAGAACUCAGAAGCAAAGGUUCACAUUCCCAAGAAGUGAGCACUUCAGUUACACUCCACUGUUUUAAAAUGAUGCAUGUAGCAAAUAAUUGGUUUACAUUUCAAGGGGAUUUUUUGGUUGCUUUUCUUUAGUCUAAAAUAGCAAGCAAAUAGAAAAACUAAUCAAAAGUGACCAUGAGAAUUUUUGUGAGCGGUUUUUUGUGGUUUUUGGUUGGUUGGUUGGUUGUGAGGGUUUUGUUUUGGUUUUUGUUUGGGUUUUUUUUUUAAAUUAGAGUGAAUAAGACUGAGUAGAAGUUUUCAGACAGCAACCCAGACUGCUAAACUACAGGCAACUGGAACGUACACACAGAGUGCAGUGGUUUGCCAGUGUGAGUUUUACUCCUACAAACUUAACUGCUUCCCAAACCACACACCACGAACUACUACACUCAGAUUAUAUACUUCACUGGCCAUGGCGCUGUCCAUAGCUCCCAUCUGCAUUGAGGUCAGUCUCAGCACGUGAGCUAAACUCACCAGGAUUUUUGUAGUAUCCUUUCAUCUGUCUUUAAAAUUUUCCCUUGGUCUAAAUACAUGCAACACAGUGACUUUGUAAGGACACUUCUAAUUAAAGAAACAUCCUGAGUUAUCCUAUCUUGCACUCUUUUGCUCCCACAACAAGCUACCUUCUGCUCCACGGGCCAGUGACUCCCUGUAGAGCAAAUGGAAUUCAGAGGAGCAGCUCCUGGCCCUUCCUUCUCUCUUUCCCUUUCAAUUUUAAUGACAAAAAUUACUAAUCAGCUGCAAAUUUCUUUCCAAUUGCACAGUACAUUUUGUGUAAAGAAGGGAGGAAAGACAGUAAAAACACAUAUUAUUUUUGUAAGAAGAAAACCUGCUGAUUAUCUUACUCUGCCUCGAGCUUCAUGGCAAAGUGCCAAGGUCCUUCAGACAGAAACCUGUCCACCCUCACACCAUGACAACACUUGUCUGACUUACAUGCAUAAGUCACCCUGUUUUAAAUCUCUUAAGUGCAUUUGUGUUCCAUAAAAACAUAAUAAAUCUUAGUAUUGCUAUAUAGUACAUAUAAAAUAUAGGAUAUUUUGCCUAGAAAACAAAGGUACACUGUGACUGCAGGCAUUUUAAAUUGCUAUUGGUAUGAAUGUAUGUGUGAAAUCAGCUCUUACUGACACAGCUAGGUUGUACCAGUAAAGGUUGGAGAACUGUUAGCUGCGCAGAUGCCAUCCCUUUCCAUCAUGCCCUGGAAGUUAGAGGAGUGUACAGUUUUGGCAAGAGAGUGCCCAAUUCCACAGCAGGUAGCAGAUCUCUUCAGCUACUCUAUUUUGACAAUUCCCACGACUUGUGAAAGGCAUCAACUCUCACCGUGGUAGGAAGACACAAGUUGGCAUAAGUUUGAUGCCUCUUCUUUAUUAUUUUUUUUUUUACUAGGAUAAGCAUGACACACAGAAACGUGUGCUGAUGGGGGCAAGUAUUACUUUUAGAAAUCAGUUCAGAAGGCAUCUGUAUUGUGUGAAGUUAGCAAUAACGUGUUCUCCACCUGCUACAGAGCAUUUCCUCCAGCUGAUGUUUUUCUUUGUCUUGCACAUCAGUUUCAAAUAAACUUGAGAAUUACAACAAUGUA